AUGGCUUUAAUCUUUAGAACGGUGAUGCAAUCUGUUGGACUUUUACUAUCUUUCCUGGGAUGGAUUUUAUCCAUUACUACAACUUAUUUGCCACACUGGAAGAACCUCAACCUGGACUUAAAUGAAAUGGAAAACUGGAUCAUGGGACUCUGGCAAACCUGUGUCACCCAAGAGGAAGUGGGGAUGCAAUGCAAGGACUUUGACUCCUUCCUGGCUUUGCCUGCUGAACUCAGGGUCUCCAGGAUCUUAAUGUUUCUGUCAAACGGGCUGGGAUUUCUGGGCCUGCUGGUCUCUGGGUUUGGCCUGGACUGUCUGAGAAUUGGAGAGGGUCAGAGAGAUCUCAAGAGGCGACUGCUGAUCCUGGGAGGAGUUCUGUCCUGGGCCUCGGGAAUCGCAGCCCUGGUUCCUGUCUCUUGGGUUGCCCACAAGACGAUUCAGGAGUUCUGGGAUGAGAACAUCCCAGACUUUGUCCCCAGGUGGGAGUUUGGGGAGGCCCUCUUUCUGGGCUGGUUUGCUGGACUUUCUCUUCUACUGGGAGGGUGUCUGCUCAACUGUGCAGCCUGCUUCAGCCACGCUCCCCUAGCUUCGGGCCACUAUGCAGUGGCGCAAAUACAAACUCAGUGUCCCUACCUGAAAGACGGGACGGCAGAUCCUCAAGUGUAA